AUGGACUUCAACAAGGACGCCCGCACCACGACGAACAUCCAUAAGGAUACAAGGGCGACAAUACACGAACAAGUUCUUCACCAAGCUACAAGGAUCGGCGCCUACAUCAUCGACAACAAAAAUUCCAAUUUCGGCGGCACUGCCGCUGCGCCUCAUCCUCCCGCCGGCCCACGCCUCCCGCUGGACCUCCACCAGCACCCAGGCCGCCCGCAUCCGCUCGAGCAGCAGCGCACGAGCUGCCCCUGGCCCCGCCUCGCCCGCUCACGCAUCACCACGCCACGCUCGCGCACAGCCGCCCGCCGCACAGCUCCCGCUGCCCGCCCAUCCACCAAGCAUCGCGCGCGCAGGCCUGCUGAGCCGCAUCUCCUCCCGCUGCCGGUUUCCGCUCGUUUCCCAGCGCGCCUUCCCCGCCAGCAACCGCCGCACGCCACGCACCUCCCGCGGCCACCUACCGCAGCUCGCUGCUCCCGCCGCUCCACAGCGCCCCCGCCGCUCGAGCCCACCCGCUGCUCGCCCUCCACCAGCUCUGGCGGCCGCGCGCAGCUCGCCCAGCUGGCCCCAUCCACGCAGCAGCUCCCACCCCCACGCCGCGCGUCCGCUCAGCUCGCCCCCUGGCCGCGCGCAUCAUCAACGCCCAGGUCAACCACGCGGCAAGCGCGCGCCUCAAUCAGCUGCCGCUACGCAUCCAUCCAGGUCUCCACCGUGUGCACGCUGCUCGCUGGCCAUCAGCUCCCAUCCAAGCUCCGCUGCCAGCCUCUAACCCCUGCCCGCGCGCAUCACUACGCAUCAAAUUUGUGCAGAAUCUACUCAGCUUGCUCCCUACAGCCAUCCACGUAG